AUGUUAGGUGCUGCUUCAGCAGCAAGAACAACAUUACGAGAGCCAGAAGUGAACGGAAACCGGGCAUGUCGCUUCAAAUGCCUCGAGCCCAUCAUUCCCAUGCUACAAGGCAUCAUCGACGCCAAACUUGCAUGCGAGCUACUGGACCUCUACUUUGUCGAGCCUGGCGGGUCGCUAUUCCGAUGUUCCUCGCCUUAUGUUCUGGCCCAUAUUGUGAGAAAGGAAUCUCUACUCCGUUCCGCUAACCCCAGAAGGUCUACUCCAGCAUUGCUGAUCACGAUGCUGUGGGUCAGCGCUCAAACUGCCGAGAGCUCGCUCUUUCUUCUUCCUGGACAGAAGUCACGAGUCUGUGAAGAGUUGAGGAGGUUGAUGAUGGCUCUGAUUCAGGAUCGAGAUCCUGAUUUCUGGCAUAGGGCGACUGAGGGGCUGCUUAUAAAGGGCUUGAAGCUUUCUACAAAGGCUGCUAUGAUACCUGAUGACUUCGAUAAUGCGAAUAUGUACGAACAUGAGCGACCGUCAUCUAUGGCUUCGGAGCCACCCCCGGCCCCUUCAGUAGAUGAUGUGCUCACGUUUGUUCUCAUUACCAUUGUUGUUUCUGGUGGAGACUUCAAAGCGGAUUGUUUCCGAUGGUGGAACAAAGCACUAAGUUUAUCGCAUAAAAUGAGACUCAACCGAGAAGACGCAACACAAAAAAACAUGUCGUCAACGGAAUACUCCAUAUGUACCGGAGGAAGAACGAGCUCGACAUGCGCUUGCCGCUCUUGCGAGGCUGUACGCACAGGACUGUCAAUUGCGGAAAUUCAAGAAGAGCGCAGGCGGGCUUUCUGGUUAAUGUUUUGCCUUGAUCGACACCUGGCACUCUCCUUCAACUCUCCUCUACGUAUUCUAGACGACGAGUGUCAACUAUACGCACCUAUGCCAGAUAAGGCUUGGGAGUCAUCGUCGCUUCCAAAGAGUCCCAUUACCACGAAUCACGACCCGGAAGCCGUCAAUGGCACGCAACAGGAACAACACCAUCUGGUACGCAGUUUUGGUGCUCCGACUCGCGUCGUUGGCAUUGGCUUCUUUGAGUAUUUUUUACCCUUGAUGGCAAUCCUGGGCGACAUCAUUCAACUACACCGCCGGAAAAAUCACCCACGAUUUGGUAAUCUACACCAGUCGAAGAGCACUUCAACAAACGGCGUCAUCCAAGACAACCAGACACACGAAGGCCCUGGCUGUAACAUCGAAGGAGACCCGGCUUAUCUCAUGGUGGAACAGGUCAUGGCUGAAUGUGCACAGAGCAUUGUUGAUCUGGCGGUUCGGUACGAAGUUGACGCCCUCGAUAAUGCCGGGAUCCCAGCGAGCCAGGUCCGCACCCCAAACUCAACAGGUUUUGCUCCCAAUGACGAAGAGCAACAUGUCUCAAACAGCUCUCAUUCUCAAAGCAAUGUUAAUGACGCCACGAAUCAUCGUCACGAUAACGACACCACAUGCGCAAAUCAACACCAGAGAUCAACGACAACCCAACGUCACCAUGCACAGGCACAGCUUGUGACGGCAUACAGUACUUUCAUCAUUAACGUUCUGCAUGUUCUGUUACAUGGGAAAUGGGACGCCGUUUCUAUGUUAGAUAACAAGGAUGGCUGGAUACCCUCUGUGGGAUUCAUGAAGUGCGCUUCUCACGCUAUAGCUGCGUCCGAUGCUGUCUCACGCAUCUUAGCAUGCGACCCGGAGCUUUCCUUCAUGCCAUACCUCUUUGGAAUCUACCUUCUGCACGGCAGUUUCAUAUUGCUCUUGUUUGCCGAUCGCAUGCCUCAAAUCGGUCUUAACGAGUCUGUUGAGAGGGCUUGCGAGAUUAUCAUUCGUGCCCAUGAGGUCUGCGUGGUUACACUUAGCACUGAGUUCCAGGUGUUGAUUAAACCACCAUGCUUGCAGAAACAUUUCCGCAAAGUCCUGCGUUCUACUUUGUACAGCGUGCGAAGCGCGGGAACAUCUAGCGUGGAAGAAAGCAAAGCGCGUCGAAGAGCGCUGUCGCUGUACCGGUGGAAUAAUGGAUCAACGGGUUUGGCCUUGUAA